AUGGCCGACGUUGCCAUGGAAGAGGCUGUCCCAGCGCCCAUCGCGCCCACAAUGACCCGCCGCGAGCACCUCGCCAAGACCUUUGAGGCCUACCGCAGCGAGCUGGAUGAGGCCAAUGAGCGUCGUGAGCAGAUCAUUAUCCGCUCGCGCGCUAUCACCCAGCUUUCCAAGAAGCUCAUCUUCCACUGCCACCGUGGUGCCACUGCUCCCCCUGCCGCUCGUGCCAAGAACCUCAAGGACGGCCGCGACAAGGAGCGCGAAAUCCACGCCAACUUUGUGGCGAUCCGCGCCCAGCUCGCCAUUGGCGCUGACGACGGCGGCAACGAGAACUUCUGGCAGUUCAAGGACCGCAUUACCGGUGGCCUCGAAGAGUACAUUGAGGCCUACACCUUCCUCUACUACCUCGAGACCAAGGAGCUUGCACCCCUUGCCGAGCUUCAGAAGGCUCUUAGCGACGAGUCUGGUGCACCUGACUACAUCCUGGGCAUGUCGGACCUGACUGGAGAGCUUAUGCCUCUGAGUACCGGCGACCACGAUGUCCCCCUUGCGGUCUGCAGCUUUGUGCGCGACGUCAAGCUCAUCUUUGAUGCCAUCCCCCCUAAAAUGGUCCCCAAGCUGGACCGUAAGCAGGAGGAGACCACGCGUUCGCUGGAGAAGAUUGAGAAGGUGUGCUACGCGUUGAGGCUGCGUCUUGUCGAGUUUGGAGACAAGCCCGAGGUGCUCAAGACGAUGGCCAAGCGUGCGCUUGAGGAGGCGAACAUGGCCGGCCCCGAGGGCCGUGAGUAG